UUACCACCAGGUCAAUCCUGGGGAUUGAACGCAGGUUGUCAGGAUUGGCAGCAAGCACCAUUACCUGAUGAGCCGUCUUACUGGCCCCCAAUCCUUUCUUAAUGGCCCUUCCAUUCUGAAUAUGACAAGCCGCCUCCUCUCAGCCUUCGCUUCACCAAGAAAAAUCUCUCCAUUCUUUCCAUCUUAUAUAGAUAUAAAUUACAUAUAUAUGUGUAUAUCACAAAUACACAGGGAGUACUUUGCUCCAAGCUGGUGGUGGACAAAGCAGACCAUUCCUACCCAGGGGGCUCCAGUCGAGGCCAGGGAAGACCGUGGCCAACUCAUCAGCAGACCCAAGUCCAGAAUUGCCACUGUCACAGCUGGUGAGAGAAGCACAGGGUACCAGGGAACCUGUAGCUGGGAUUUGACCUGACACAGAAGGUUUUCUGGAGUGACAUUUGAGCCAAGAUAUUGAGGAAAAUGAUGACCAGGUGCAGGGAGAGGCAAGGGGCUGUAUGUGCACAGGGCUGCGGAGAACAGGAUGACAGAAGCUGCCUGUGGCUAGAAGGGGGGGGGCGCAGGCAGGGGAGGGGAAAGGUCACCUCAGCACAGCCUGGGAGGAGGUCUGGGUUGCUCCUCACACUUCCCGGCCCUGGUGGUUAAUACCUGAGCUUUGGCGGCCUCAUCUCAGGUCCAUUCCCAGCACAGCUCCUGCAGCCAAAUCUGCUGGUUAAAGGAGGGGGGGCAGCUAUUAAAGAAACACAGUGCCUUGUGUCCACCUAAUUAAUGCACCUGUUAGCUUCUACCACCAGGACCCACCACACCUUAUAAAGCCUUAGGACCAUGCUCCAUCCAGUUCAUUCCACCCUACCCCACCCACCCAGCACAACCAAGUCAGUCAGUCGGCCACUUGACUCCCAGCGACACAGCGCAAACACACCUCCCUAGGGAGCCCACUGCCAGCUCCCUGGGCCUGGUCUUCCCUUACGUUUCAUCCCCCAGUACCCCGAUGCUUCUUUUGUGAGUCUCUCAUUCAGACGGCUGGCUGGCAUUGUCUUCUCACCAGUGUGGAGGCUCCACGAUGUUAAAGCCAGGCUUGUGUCUCCCCCACUGCCAGCAUCCACCACAGAGGCUGGCCCCAUUCAUCCCUCAGGUGUAUGUAGUGAGCAUCACCUCCACCCCCUUAGUCCCUGAUUCCUGCCCAGGCCUGUGGUGGAUGCUGGACAUGGCGGCAGGGGCUGGGGUAGUAGACGAGGAAAAAGCAUGAUAAUUAAGACUGACAAAUGUAGCCACGAGACAGGGGCAUGCCUGUAACUCCAGCACGGGGGAGGUAGAGGCAGGAGGACAGGAAGUUCAAGGUUGUCCUCCUCUAUGUAAUGAAUUUGAGGUUAGGCUAGGAUCCCUGAGACCCUGUCUCAAAUUUUUAAAAGUGCAAUAAGGAAGAGGCCCGGGUGGGACGGUGAGGGUAGAAGGGGUGUGCUAGUCACCCCUAGAAGAUCAUCGGGGCAGGGAAGAGUUCACCUGCUGAGGAAGAUCACAGGCAUGAAUGUGUGAGGGUGCCUCCUCCUCCAGGCCCGCAGAUCUAGAGGUCAGGGGUCAUGCCCUCCACUUCUAUCUUCAUGCCACUGAGGCAAUGGGGUCCCUGGUCUGAAUUUUUAAAGUGUGUCCUGUGAAUUAAUUUUUCUCCCCUCCUUGGAGCAGGCCCCUCUAUCAGCCCUGUCCUCAAGCCUUACCCAGAUAUCUUCAUUUUCCCCAUCCAGGCUCUAGUCUCCCCCUCCUACCCACUCCAUCUCUCCUUGUCCCUCUCCCCUGCCCAGCCCACUGCCCUGGCUCUGACCGUUCCCAUGCGUGAGUGCCAGUGUGUACCCUCUUCACAUGAGAUUUGUUGAUAUCAUAACCAUAAAUAGAUAAAACGUUCUGAGUGCUUCCAUGAGCAAGUGGGAUUGAGGGAGUGAUCUCACAAUGGGAAGGUUGGAGAAGGAAAACAGCCCAUGGAGGAGCAGCUGAGACCAGCUCGAUGCUGCACAAGCCAGUCCUACCUGAGGGCUAGCUUUCCAUUGCAUAAAUGGAUUGAGGACUGCCAGAGAACCUUCUGGAAAACAUUUAUGGGACUGCAAGUCCACCAACUCAAAAGAACAAUGUAAUAAGAAAAUCUAGGUUUUUAAAAAGAAAACAAAGAGUGUGGAAGCUGAGAAACAUGGAUUUUAAUUCUGAGUUCAUCUCAUUCUGGCUGUGUGGCCCUGAGCAAGUUGCCCACCCUCUCUGGGAAGGUGUAUAUUCUUCCAUUGAGUCAGAUUAGAGACAUCAGGAGACCUGGUAUCUCAUAUUUUCCUAUAAGAAAAAUUGGUCUUCUUAUAAUAACUUCAUUUCCAAUAUGGGACAACUCAUCUUCCCAAAAUGCAGUCCCAAAGAGACUAGGGGUGGAAUGGGGUAACCUGAUUCUUCAUUGCCAGUUGGAGUUCAUGCUGUCAUGGGAACAGGGUAUGCAGAAUCACUUCUGCUUGGGGGAGACUGUACAUUCACGGUUAUGAAGAGGGCUAGACAUUAGUAAGGGCUUCCCAAGUUCUCCCUUAAAAAAGCAAAGAAAGAGGAGAGAGAGAGAUGAAGUGACAGCUUGGUUUGUUUUGAGACCAGAGAGCUUUCUAGAAAGAGACAAAGUGACGGGAGGGGGUUCGGUAGGGGGGCUGUUUCUUUGCCCUCUGCUCUAAGGAUGGCAAGCCUUCUCUGUCAAGGGUCAGGGAGUAGACAUUUCGGCUUGGUGGUCCCUGGUCCUUCUGUGUUUACCUAACUCUGUGGCUGUCUGAAGACGGGCCCAGCCAUAAGUCAACUAAUGGGUCUGAAUCUGUCCCAGUAAAAGUUCAUUUGUAAAAAGAAGCAGUGGACCAGAUUUUAUUUGGGGUCAUAGUAUAUAGGUCCCACUUUUGUUCGAUGUGGUAAGAGAACAAAUUUCUGUGAGCAAGUUAGGCUUAAAGCAUAGCAUUGCCUGCACCUUGCUGUAUGACUAAGCCAUUGUCCAUUUCUGAUCAUAAUUUCACCAACUACAUAAUGAACAUAGUAAUACCAACCAUAUUAGUCCUGAGAAAAUGUCUAAGAAGGGCUGAUAGAAUGGCUAGGAAGGUUAAGGCACUUGCUGGCAAGCCUGAUGACUUGGAUUUGAUCCCUGCCCAGGACCCUGUGAUGGAGUGUAAACUGACUCCUGCAAGUUAUCCUCUGACCUCCACACAUGCACACCAUGACACAUGUGUGUCCCCACCAUGAUAAAUAAAUAAAUGGAAAAAAAAUGUCUAAGAGAUCAAAGCAAGUCCCUCUGUCCCCUUACUCCAUCACUUUCAAUGGUGCUAAAUCUACCACACAGGCCACAUCCUUGCUCGCUAAGGGUGAUAGUAGCCUUCUAGGAUGGAGAUGCAUCUUUCAAUAGAGUCAGAUUCUUGGUCUGUCUUCCCAACCUACAGUCCUCAAUGACCCCGUUUCUGGAGCAAUUCAAGCACAGGAGGAAACAAGGAAUCUCUCUUCCUCUCUACCAUCCAGCCAUUUGGCAGUGUGCUAGAGUUCACUUGAGGGAGCAAGAUGGCUGCAGUGGCUGGUGGCCAGGCUUUGCAGGAGGCCUUUGAGAGUCAGGUUGGCACUAGAGUCAGGAUCAGUAAGCGUCUGUGUUCUCCUAGCCAGCUCUGGCCCAGCUUUCCUGGAGCCUCCAUGAAGCCACCACAGCUGUGGUCAGGUGGGAACUUGCAGCCCCGUCAUCUUGUCCUGUCUGCUCAGAUGACCUCUGCGUGCCACAUCCUUCAACACCUUUUCAUCUCUAAAGCCCUCGCAAGUGGCUCAUCCUCUCUCUUCCCCUUCCUCUUCCUCUCUUUCCUCUCCUCUCUCCUUCCCUUCCUCAUAGACAUAUUUGUGCAGACAAACACCACACGUACACUGACAGUCCUCUGUCAACAUCCUUGUUCCAAUUUUUGAGAAAAAGCAGCCAGGAGUCUCCAUGAUAUUCUGAAGAAUCAAAUCCUCCACCCACCUCCCAACUCCUCAGGAGGUCUUCCUCCCGGAAAAUCUCUGAAAAAGAUACAUCACUUCUUCUCUAAUAGGGGUUGAGGGGUGAUGUCCCUCUAGAGCCCCAAUAAAGCUAUGCAAGACAAGAGCAAGGGAUCUCAUGGCCUGUUCUUGCUAUAAAAAGGCCUUUUUCGGAAAAAAUAAAGAAAGGAAUCAGCCAAUCCCUUCUCGAUGCCAUCACCUCUUCUUGGUGAUUUUUCGGGGAAGGAGUGGGUGGGUUUCCAUGGCAACAGAUGCGAGCUCUGCUCAGUAAAGAAGGGACCUUGAUAUUUUUUUCUCUCUCAUUCUCUCGGUUGUGUGUGUGUCUCUGUGUGUAUGUGCGUGCUACACAUGCCUGUGCCCACACCAGCAAUUUUUUUAGAACUAAAGAAAGCCCUUCUUUCAGCUCCCCAAAUAUGGAGUGAUGGAAAACCACUCACUCCUGCAGGCCAGAGAAGAUUCCGGAUAGUUCCAGAGAAAGGGGAGUGUUCCUGUGAGGUUGUUUUUCUCCACUGCAGAGACUGCAUGCAGCAGAGAGGCCUUUGCAAAUGAUUAGAGGCUAAGAGUUAGAAAGAAAGAUGCUUGGUGGAGAGAGGUGAGCAAAGGACAGAUGGUACAAAAAAACCAGCAAACGGUAUCAGAGUGGGCAAGGAACGGAGCACCGGGUCUCGGGAGGCAUUUGAUCCAUACAGACCAUCAAAUGCUGUGCAAAAGACCCAAGGCAGGCUCAGAUAUGGACACAAACACACAGAGAACUAUAAAAUAAAUAUAUGUGAGCACAAAAUACAAAACCACAUGCAACACAGGAAGGUAGCGACUUAGAAAAACACAGACAGAUCAAAACCACAGAUGCAGGUACUGGCAAAUGUGUAGACACACAAGGAUGCAGAGCCCAGCUGCAAAACACAUGCAAACAGAUACAUGGAUGCAGAUAGACAAGUGUGUUCAGACAGACAGGCUUGGAUGCAGACACAGAACAUGCAACACAGCUUCAGCCAAGUACACACACACACACACACACACACACACACACACACACCCCUCCCCUUCAGUUGCUCAAGCAUCCUAUAGCAGGAGGGCAGAGCUGCUGGGAAUCUCUUGUACACCCACACCUACUUCUUCUACACACACACACACACACACACACACAGACCCCCAAAGCCCCUCUCUCAACUCACUCCUUGCCCACUUUCCCAUAACAAAAGGCUGUGAUGCCUCCCCCAUCUCAGGCUUCCAAUUCUGUUCUGCUGCUGCUGCCGCCGCCUGCCGCUUGGGGGGGAGAGAGUGGGGUGACUCAGCCAGGCCAGGAUGACUCAUACUGACGGUAUUUUUAGCAGCGGCCAGGAGCUCUCUAGCGUGCCAGCCGCCCCCCUCCUCCUGCCUGCUAUUUCAGAACCGUCACUGGUGAUAUAAAUAGCUCUUCUCCCACGGCCUGAAGCUGCUGCCAGGCUAUUUUUGGUUCUUCACAGUUAAAAAUAGUUUUGUGGAGGUGGGAGGCAAGAAGAGUGGGAGCUGGCCUAGGGAGAGGAGACAUUGGGGGCACACAGAGCUUCUCAACUUGAAUCAGAGUAGUCAAACUAGGAUGAUCCCUCCUCUCCCCCCUCCCGUGUCCCUUUCUAGACCCUUCUCCCCUUCCGAAGUUCCUUAUCCCUAGUCCAUUCUUGUGGAAAAAACCAAGGAGUCCUCCCGUAACCCUAACUCUCUUCCCUAGCUCAACUAUUUCCUACAGCCCAGAAGUUUCGACCCCCGCCCCUGUAAAUAGCCCAUCUAUAUUCUCAGGGAAGAGGAUGGCAGCUGCGUCCUGUCACCCUCGUCCAUCCUGAGGCCCACCUCGACUUUGAUGUAACAGGCAGGCCAUGGCCAAUCGGAUUGGCAAGGCAAUAUUCAGCACCACGGACAGUAGCCACCAUCCCCUGUUUUCCCAGCUGCUCAAACUGCUUGGGAGACCAGCAGGACCCAGCAGAGAGACACAACUUAUAAUGGAGGAGAUACCAAGAGUGUCUGCUAGCCAAGGCUUAAAGCAGUCUGUGAGGAAUACAGGCUAGGGAUGAGCCUCAGUGAUAGAAUGCUUGACCAGCAUGCACAAAGCCCUGGUUCCAUCCUCAGCUCUAAGAAACAAAGAAAUCCACUUGCCGCGUGAUGAUUUAAGUAGAUGCUUUCAAUCUCUACUAGAAUGGCACAAAACACUAGGAAAGGGUCUCUACAACCAUGUACCUCUUCUUUCUCCCCCGUCUCCCCACCCACCUCUCACCUUUGGCAUCUCUAGGGAUUGAACUCAAGCCUUGAGCAUGCUAAAAGUGUGCUCUACGACUAAGUCAUAGUCCCGUUCCUGAACGCACUCUCUUCCAACACCCCCUUCUCCUCACUCCACAUUGCUUCUCUUGCUACCACCCCUUUCCAUGAGGGUUUUCUUGACCACAAACUUUUCUCUUUGGUGUCAAAGUUCAUUUCUACCUCUGUGACUUUCUACAGCCAGGACUGUCCCUGUCCCCCAGCUUUUUAAAUGUUCUUGUUUGUUUUUUAUUUGUUUGUUUUGGUUUUUUUCCAGCCCUAAAAGUGUUUUUACAUAUUCCUACUCUAAAUGAGAUUUCAGGCAAAAAGUUUCCAUAGACCAUCGCUUUCUCCUUUUAUGAGGUUGUGGGAUAAAAAAAGGGUACCCAUCCCCUCCGUAGAGAGCAGUCAUAUAUAGUGACUAGAGAGGGAGAGGGGGGCGGUGUGACGCAAAGGCCACCCUAUGGGGGUAAGCCGGACAAAAAAUAAAUAAACCAAAGGUGCAGUUUUCAGGGGUUUAGGGGUCCACAAAUUCCCAACAUUCAGUGGAGGCAGAAAACAAAAAGGAAACACACACACACAGAGUGGAGAGUGGAAAGGCAGAACGAGGAGCCUUGGCGCUAAAAUCGGAGCAAGAAUUGGAGGGAGUUGGGAAGGGGAGCCUGACAGAAUUAAAGGGUCUUGGGUAGGUGCAGCAGUCACGGAGGCUCAGCAGACCCUGGCUUCUUAGCUGCCUCCCCCUCUUCCUCGCCGAAGCGGUGGGGGGAGCUCUCCGGAGCAGAGCGGAGGCCGGUUGGCCCCGCCCGCCGCCGCCGCCGCCGCCGCAGCCGCCGGAGGAUUCCUGUCCUAAUAUGGAGCUGGGAUUCCCCCAGCCCCGCCCCCGCCCCCAGCCCGCCGGAGAGACUGGGGCUCGCAAGAGGGCGGGGGAGCAGCUCUCCUUGGGGGCUGGCAAGUGGGAGAGGGUGCGGGGAGGCCUAAAUGUAGAUCCAGAUCCUUACCAGGCCCUGGGUCCUUGCCUCAGUUUCCCCCACAGGUGACUAAGGUUAACAGAGGAACGAGGACCACAGAGGUGAUGUUUGUGUCCCUAUGCUGCCCUGGAUACAUGAUCAAGGCCGAAUUCAGCUGGUCUCUUCCCUACAGGAAUACCAUUCCAUCCUAGAGAUUUAGACCCUCAGGCCAGGGCUUGGAGGGGAGGAAGGAAUUAUUUAUUUGAAAGUGGCUAAGGGAUUUUCAGAUUGAAUAGACCCCAGCAAAGACCUCCGGUUGUGACCUACCCCCUUCCCCAAACCUAAGGAAAGUUCCUCAUGUGACUUUGACCUUUGCCCGGCAAAUAGAGGCAAAUUCGCAGAGGUCCCUUCCCCUUCCUAUCCUUUGCCUCCUUAGAAAAACCGGUGUUGGUACCAGCCGGUCCUAGGCCUUUUGCAAACUCUCCUGCCACGGGCUUCAGCCCACCCUAACCCAUGCACUGUUCCUCCUCUCAAUAGAAUACAGUGGGAAACCUGGGUCCCUGCACUCCACGCCUGGCUCUGCACAGCUCUCGCCAGCCAGCCCCCUCCGCAGCCUCCUUCCCCCCCUUCUCCCGCCCCCUCCCUCUCCCGUUCGACGUCACAAGAUGACGUAGGAAGCCAGGGAGGGAGGAGGAGCGCCCCCCCUCCCCAGCCAGUGGCUCCCGCUGCAGCUUGCUUUAGCCCAGCCUCCCGCCUCCCGCUCCCCCCUCCGUCUCUAAAACGAGCCCCCCACGCCUGCCAGGAGCUAUAUAAGGCGGAUCGAGGCAGGCGAGGGGGGCAGCGCUGCCGAGCGGAGCCCAGGAGUGGAGCGGGAGCGAGCGAGAGCCUGAGCGAAAGACUGGGAAGCAAGCAAGAGGAAGCCUCCGGUGCAUCGGAACAGGAUCGCAGGUGCUCGGGAGCCGGAGCUGGAGCUCCACAGCCGGCAGUCAUGUACCGAUCCACCAAGGGCGCUUCCAAGGCGCGCCGCGACCAGAUCAACGCCGAGAUCCGGAACCUCAAGGAACUGCUGCCGUUGGCUGAAGCGGACAAGGUCCGGCUGUCCUACCUGCAUAUUAUGAGUCUUGCCUGCAUCUACACUCGCAAGGGUGUCUUCUUUGCUGGAGGCACUCCUCUGGCUGGCCCCACGGGGCUUCUCUCAGCUCAAGAGCUUGAAGACAUCGUGGCGGCACUACCUGGAUUUCUGCUCGUGUUCACAGCUGAGGGGAAGUUGCUGUACCUGUCUGAGAGUGUGAGCGAGCAUCUGGGCCACUCUAUGGUGGAUCUGGUUGCCCAGGGUGACAGUAUCUACGACAUCAUUGACCCUGCUGACCAUCUGACUGUUCGCCAGCAGCUCACCAUGCCCUCUGCUCUGGAGGCUGAUCGCCUUUUCCGUUGCCGAUUCAACACUUCCAAGUCCCUCCGGCGCCAGAGUGCAGGCAACAAACUGGUGCUUAUUCGAGGUCGAUUCCAUGCUCAUCCACCUGGGGCCUACUGGGCAGGGAACCCCGUGUUCACAGCUUUCUGUGCCCCACUGGAGCCAAGACCCCGCCCUGGCCCUGGCCCUGGCCCUGGCCCUGGCCCUGCUUCACUCUUCCUGGCCAUGUUUCAGAGCCGGCAUGCUAAGGACCUAGCUCUACUGGACAUCUCUGAAAGUGUUCUAAUCUACCUGGGCUUUGAGCGCAGCGAACUGCUCUGUAAAUCAUGGUAUGGACUGCUACACCCUGAGGACCUGGCCCACGCUUCUUCUCAACACUACCGCCUGUUGGCUGAAAGUGGAGAUAUUCAGGCAGAAAUGGUCGUCAGACUUCAAGCCAAGCAUGGAGGCUGGGCAUGGAUUUACUGCAUGCUGUACUCAGAAGGUCCAGAAGGCCCUAUUACUGCCAAUAACUACCCUAUCAGUGACGCGGAAGCCUGGAGCCUCCGCCAGCAGCUCAACUCUGAAGACACCCAGGCAGCCUGUGUCCUGGGAGCCCCAGCCAUGCUACCCUCGUUCUCCGAGAAUGUCUUCUCCCAGGAGCAGUGUCCUAACCCACUCUUUAUGCCAGCCCUGGGGCGCGCCAGAAGCACCACCUUCCCCAGGGCACCUGAACUAGGUGUGAUCUCAACAUCAGAAGAGCUUCCCCAACCCCCCAAAGAGCUGGACUUCAGUUACCUGCCAUUCCCGUCUAGGCCUGAGCCUUCUCUCCACGCAGACCUGAGCAAGGAUUUGGUGUGUACUCCACCUUACACACCCCGCCAGCCAGGAGGCUGUGCCUUCCUCUUCAGCCUCCAUGAACCAUUCCAGACUCACUUGCCCACUCCAUCCAGCUCUCUCCAGGAGCAGCUGACUCCAAGCACCGUGACGUUCUCUGAUCAAUUGACACCCAGCAGUGCAACUUUCCCAGACCCGCUGACCAGUUCACUGCAAGGACAGUUGACCGAAACCUCAGCCAGAAGCUAUGAAGACCAACUGACUCCAUGCACCUCUACCUUCCCAGACCAGCUGCUUCCCAGCACUGCCACAUUCCCAGAGCCUCUGGGUAGCCCUGCCCACGAGCAGCUGACUCCUCCCAGCACAGCAUUCCAAGCACACCUCAACAGUCCCAGCCAAACCUUCCCAGAGCAACUGAGCCCCAAUCCUACCAAGACUUACUUCGCCCAGGAGGGAUGCAGUUUUCUCUAUGAGAAGUUGCCCCCAAGUCCUAGCAGCCCUGGUAAUGGGGACUGCACACUCCUGGCUCUAGCUCAGCUCCGGGGCCCCCUCUCUGUGGAUGUUCCCCUGGUGCCUGAAGGCUUACUCACGCCUGAGGCCUCUCCAGUCAAGCAAAGUUUUUUCCAAUACUCUGAGAAAGAGCAAAAUGAGAUAGAUCGUCUCAUCCAGCAGAUCAGUCAGUUGGCUCAGGGCAUGGACAGGCCCUUUUCAGCUGAGGCUGGCACCGGGGGGCUGGAGCCACUCGGAGGACUGGAGCCCCUGAACCCCAACUUGUCCUUGUCAGGGGCUGGACCCCCUGUGCUUAGCCUGGAUCUGAAGCCCUGGAAAUGCCAGGAGCUGGACUUCCUGGUUGACCCUGAUCAUUUAUUCCUGGAAGAGACGCCAGUGGAAGACAUCUUCAUGGACCUCUCUACUCCAGACCCCAAUGGGGAGUGGGGUCCAGGGGAUCCUGAGGCAGAGGUCCCAGGAGGGGCCCUGUCACCUUGCAACAACCUGUCCCCAGAAGAUCACAGCUUCCUGGAGGACUUGGCCACCUAUGAAACCGCCUUUGAGACAGGUGUCUCAACAUUCCCCUACGAAGGGUUUGCUGAUGAGUUGCAUCAACUCCAGAGCCAAGUUCAAGACAGCUUCCAUGAAGAUGGAAGUGGAGGGGAACCAACGUUUUGAAUAAGUCUGUGACUUAACGUCGUCAAGUAUGGCAUAUUGUCAUCAAGACGUGGAGCCGCUCUCCACCCCCCCGGGACUGUUGGGGGGAUUCUGGGGGCCAGAGGGGGAUAUAUCUGAUUCUCCAGGCCCUGAAGGAUUUAGGGGGGAGGGGGGAGGGUAAGGGAGGGGAGCAACUUUUUAAAAUCAAGGGACUUCGAGCGAUCCCAGUUUCCAUUUCAAUCUGUAUUCACUCGUAGUGAGCUUUCCUUGAAUGGAUUUCAAGCGGAGAAUGGGGGAGUCUCACUUCCCCACCGCGCUGCCCCAUGGGCCUGGGCCAGUUCUCCACUCCUAGGGGCCAAGCCACCUCUGGGUUUUGGUGGGGGAAAGGCAUGGCCCACCUGGGGCUAGCCUGUGCCCUGAGGGGCUCUUGACACCCACGUAGAAUUCUCUACAAAGCAGUAACGGGAUUUCAAUUCCGACGGACUCUGCCGCCCUGGCGGCCCUUCCUGUGACUUUUGCGCCCCGCGCCUGGGGUGGGGGGCGCGAAGAGACGCUACAUUCCUUUCCGAUGGAGGAAGGCAGACCUGCCGUCACACGUGUGCUUGCACGAGUGCGUGUACCUGGUGCGGGGCUCACCCGGCCGCCAGACUGCCUGGGCUUGCCCAGGUGGCCACCUCGUGGUGCUGCGGUGACUUUGUAGCCAACUUUAUAAUAAAGUCCAGUUUGCCUUUUUGGUA